AUCCCAAAGAGAAAUGAAGAUUCCAAGCUUUUCAUUGCUAAUUUCUUUUAUUUUUCUUCUCCUCAUAUCUUCAAUUUCAUGGGCAACCUCUACUCGAAUUCAUCAUGAGAACUUUCUUCAAUGCAUGUAUGCCUCUGGCAACUCCACCUCUAUCUCAAAACUCAUUUACACCCCAAUCAAUUCUACGUACAAGUCUGUCCUCCAAUCCUCCAUACAAAACCUAAGAUUUUCGACACCAACCACUCCGAAACCUCUGCUUGUUGUCACGCCUUUGCACGAAUCCCACAUUCAAGCCGCAAUCUUUUGUGCCAAAAAACAUAGGCUGCAGAUUCGAAUUCGAAGCGGAGGUCACGAUUUCGAGGGUCUUUCUUAUGUUUCUGAAGCCCCUUUCGCUAUUGUCGACUUAACAAAUCUUCGAUCAGUCAGCGUUGAUGUCAAAAGCAGCACUGCAUGGGUUCAAGCUGGUGCAACAAUAGGAGAACUCUACUACAACAUUGCUGGGAAGAGUAGAACUCUUGGCUUCCCAGGCGGUGUAUACACCACCGUAGGCGUUGGCGGACAGUUCAGCGCAGGAGGCUGGGGCGUGUUGCUGCGAAAACACGGCCUUGCUGCAGAUAAUGUGAUCGAUGCUCGCUUAAUUGACGUUAAUGGCAAAAUUCUUGAUAGAGAAUCCAUGGGGGAGGAUUUGUUUUGGGCCAUUCGAGGAGGAGGAGGAGCCAGCUUCGGAGUUAUUCUUGCAUGGAAAUUAAAGUUGGUUCAAGUUCCACCAACUGUGACCGUGUUCACGGUCUAUAGAACCCUAGAACAAAAUGCGACCGAGCUUGUCCAUCGGUGGCAGAAUGUGGCAAGCAAGCUUCAUGAAGAUGUGUUCUCUAGGGUUAGUGUAGGAGUAGUAAACUCCACUGGCAAUGACAAGAAAAGGUCAUUGAGGAUUUCAUUUAGUUUCUUGUACCUUGGAGGGGCCACAAAGCUCUUUCAAUUGAUGCAAGAGAGCUUCCCAGAAUUGGGUUUGCUAAAAGAAGAUUGCUUGGAAAUGAGUUGGAUCCAAUCCACUCUAUAUGCUGUGGGAUUUCCAAUUGAAGGACCCUUUGAGGUUUUGCUCAACAGGACUCCCUACACCAGGGAGUUCUUCAAGUCAAAAUCAGACUAUGUGAGAGAACCCAUCUCUGAAAUUGAGCUAGAGGGGUUAUGGGAAAAGUUUUACCACGCUGAUGGAGUAGAGGUGCCUGAGAUGUUCAUGACUGCAUUUGGAGGAAGGAUGAGUGAAAUUUCGGAAUCCGAAAUUCCUUUCCCUCACCGAGCCGGAAACAUUUACCAAGUGCAGUACAAGGUGGGUUGGAAAGAAGAAGGGAGGGCAGCGUCUAGACGGCAUGUAGAAUGGAUUAGAAGACUUUACAGCCACAUGGCUCCCUUUGUGUCAAAGUUUCCAAGAGCUGCAUAUAUGAACUACAGGGAUCUUGACUUGGGCUCAAACGGUAAAGGCAGCGCCAGCUAUGGAAGAGCAAGCGUUUGGGGUCUUAAAUAUUUCAAGAACAACUUCAACAGGUUAGUGCAUGUGAAGAGUGUGGUUGAUCCUGGUAAUUUCUUCAUGUUUGAACAGAGUAUCCCUUCUCUCCCAGCUUGGAGGAAGAAAGGUGAUUAGUUUCGAGGAAGAAAAGAAUCAAGUAAUUAAUAAUCUUAGUAAUGCAUUUGUACGAUUUACUUCAUCAACAUUAAUAAAUUCUGCAUUAUAAAGAAAGAAAA